AUGGCAAUCUAUAUGAACCACCCAAACGAAGUCGACCAUUCCUUUCAUCACAUGCGGAUGAUCAGCGGCUGCCACGGGAAGUACUCCGAAGAGGUCUUUGGUCAGAUCGACGAACCAAAGCACACUGUUUAUUAUUUAUGCGUGCAGAUAGCGUGCAACAUUAUUCUCUUUGUAAUAACAGUGUACGCGAUCCACAGGAAAAUCUAUCUCAGCGCGGGUUUCACAGAAGGCGAGCAGAAGACGAAACUCCACCAAAUGUCCCGCGCUGUCUUUUAUCUAAUACCGCUGUUCAAUAUUUUUCAAAUCACAGUCCACUUCUUUCCAGAAAAUUAUCUCUCCACGAAGAAAAGUCACCUUUCUUCUACAAUUCAUCUGGUUCUUAUAGAAGUAAAAGGUUAUCAUCCGACGCCAAAGGGAUCUGAUCGAACAAAUUGCAGAGCUUCCGUUAAUUUCAAAGGAGAAACCCGAUAUUACUGGACUCAUCAGUUGUCUGACUGUGUGACUUGCUCGGAAGAUGAGUUUUCUGAUCCUCAGAUAGCGAGUUUUUGUUUCGUGAGGGAAGGAACCAACGAAAGGCUCUGCGAUCUCAAAUGCACCAACGGUGGCGAUCUUCGUUUCCCAGCUCUUUUCGGCGCGCCAGUUCGGUGUUUCUGCCAUAGAAAGAAGAAUAAGGGCUGCUACUGGACCAGAGAGAAAGGAAAAACCAAGCGGGUAUUUCUCAACAAGAUCAAAUGCUCCGGACCUCCUGCAACCGUCCCUCCAACAGAACCAAAGUCCACCACGAAAUUUUCGCGUUUUGAUAGCGGAAAUUCUCCGUCGCAAGGAAGCGAUUCCAGUGCGUCUGCCAGCGGGGCCUGCAAAUGCUUAGAGUACAAGGAAAAGUACACGGGUAGCACAGGGGCGAAUGUUCGACCAACCUGGAGUUGCCCGGACAGUUUUCAAGUGCACGGCGGGGCGAGGAUACCUUCCGGCUUCGAUAAAACUGGAAAAGUGAAACUGACCUUUUCCAGAAAAGAAAAAGAGGGUAACUUAUGGGAAGUUGGCUUCAACGAGAGAACCACUUUCAAACGCGACUGGUUCAGAAUCAAUUUCGAAGGAACGCAUGACAAGUACAUGCCGCGAGUGGACAAGCUCGAGUUCUGCUAUUGCUGA